UCUUGAGCUUUCAAAAAUUUCAUUUAAUAGUUCACUCGUACUAUUGCCACAUGUAAAAUAUCCAUUUAGCAUCUAUUGAGUGCCAUAAAAGCUAUUCCAAUGACUGACCAAAUAAACAUAUAAUUGAGCAUCUCUCAGUCUGAGUCCAUCACUGUACUGAGUUUCAUUUGUUUGCUAACAUUCUGUAUUCUCCACAAGAAAACCCUUUCACCUCAGUUUUUUUAUUAUAAAGUUACAAUCUUUAUCUCAAUCUGGAUAAUAUAUUUGUUGGGUUUCUCUAAUUUGAGUGAAUAAAUUCCUUUUCUUACCACUGAUUCUUGUUUCCUCUGUUUCCUGUCUGAUAUUGGGGAGAAUUAAGUAAACUGUAAUAAUCUUUUUUUUUUUUCCAAGAAUUAGAAAAUGGACUUGGAUUUCUGGGCUGCAAGAAAUAAUAGGCACAUCCCUUCAGUUCAAUCUGCCAGGCUUAGCAAUUCUGGUAGUCGUGUAUAUAGAGAAGACGAAGAAGCUGAUGAAGUGAAAGCGUGGUUUCCUUGUCCUUUCUGUUAUGUGGAAAUCGAACUUUCACUGCUUUGUGUUCAUCUGCAAGAUGAGCAUUGCUUUGACCUGAAAAAUGCGGUUUGUCCCAUAUGUGCUGCUAACUUAGGAAAAGACCCACUUAACCAUUUCACGAUGCAGCAUGCACAAUCGAUUAAGCGGAGAAAAAAGUCCCAAAAGGCUGGAAAUAUUGUAAAGGACUUGAGUUCAUUUCUUAGUGCUAAUUCAUUGACUAGUCGAAGCAUUGGGAAUGAACCAGCUCACGAUCCUCUCCUUUCGGAUUUUUUACGCAACAUGCAUAUGGCUUCGCCUCAGGAAGACAUAUCUUCACGCGUUUUCGCAAAAAGUGAUGAAGAAAAAAGUACAUUUUUCUGUAAGGAUAAUUUUGAUAUUGAAACAUGCUUGCAUAUUAUUAUUACGAAUGCAACUGAAAAUCUAGACUUUUGA